AUGGCUGCUCCACCAAUCUUCGAGGAAGGACAAUCAACAUACAGACCACCAAGAUUUAACAACCGAUACUAUGCUUGGUGGAAAACAAGAAUGCAUGACUUCAUAAUGGAUGAGGACUCCGAGCUUUGGGAUGUGGUUUGUGAUGGUCCCUUUGUCCCUAUGAAGGCUGUUGGAGAGGGAACAAGGACUGUUCCAAAAACAAGAAAAGAAUACAACGGAGCUGACCGAAAAGCUAUUGUGAAGAACUUCAAGGUGAAGAAGAUUCUUGAGUGUGGUAUUGGACCAGACGAGUAUAAUCGUAUCUUGGCAUGCGAAUCUGCCAAUAAAAUGUGGGAAGCUCUUCAAACGGCUCACGAGGGAACUACUCAGGUAAAGCAAUCCAAAAUAGAUAUGCUUACAACUGAGUAUGAACUCUUUCAAAUGGAAGAGCAUGAGUUCAUUCAAGAGAUGCAUACCCGUUUCACCUCCAUAAUUAUUAAGCUUUAUUCACUUGGUGAAAUCAUUCCAACCAACAAGCUGGUCCGGAAGAUACUCAGUCUUCUACCAGGUUCCUGGGAGAGCAAGGUUAAUGCUAUCACUGAAGCCAAAGACCUGCGGAAGCUUACUAUUGACGAGCUUAUUGGAAAUCUCAAAACAUAUGAGAUGAAGAGAAAGAAGGAUCUUGAAAGAAGAGAGACCAAUGAGGAGAGGAACCUGGUCCUCAAAGCUGCCCUCACUGACUCAAGUAGUGAUGAAUCUGAAAUGACGUAUCUCACUAGAAGAUUUCAAAAGAUGGUUCGUAAAAAUGGUGGGAUCCCAAAGAAAGGAAGUUCAACCAGGAAUUUCGAAGGAAAUGAUUGCUGUCAUAAGUGUGGAAAGCCUGUACACUUUAUUAAAGUAUGCCCUCUUCAUAAGCAGGAUCAUUACAAAACCAACACUGAUAAGGCAGCUAAGAGGAACCCGGUCCCUAACAGAAAAUUCAAAAGAAGAGAUGUUGCUGACAAUAUGGUGAAGCAAGCUUUGGCUGACUGGGGAGAUUCCUCUAGUGAAUCUGAAGGUGAGGAUGACCAAGGAGAUGCAUCUAUGAUGGUUGUUGACAAUGAAUAUGAGUCAAUCUUUGCACUCAUGGCUAAAUCUGAUGAUGACGAGGACAAGGAGGAAGAUGAGGUAAGUUUUUUUGAUGUUCAAAGAAAUUUAAAAACUUACUCUAACAAAAAAUGGAUGUCCUUAGCAAAUGUGUUGAUUGAUUCCUUUCAUAGCCUCAUUAAUGAGAAAAAUGCUUUAAUAGAAGAAAUUGGUGACAUAGAACAAGAGAGGGAUGAUAUGGUAGUUUCCGUUGUAGAUUUAAAGGAACAAGUGGAAGAAGUAACUAGAGAACAUAACUUGUUGAAAAAACAAACAAUAAAAUGGAUGGACAACACUAAGGGUAAAGAAGUGGCUAGUGAGGUUCAACUUGAGCUUGAGAGUGAGCUUAAGAAAGUUAAAACAAGUCUUGUUGCUGAGCUUGAAAAGAAUAGACAAUUUCAGGAGGAUUUAAAAAGGGUUAAAAAUGAUCUUGAUAAGUCACUUAAAUGGACCCGAUCCUCUGAUGUAAUAACGUCUAUGUACUGGAGUAAUGGUGGAAACAGGCAAGGCAUCGGGUUCCAAAAGGCCAAAACCUCCUAUAAUCCCCAUAGUAAGUAUGUAACUGUGGCUGAUAAUAGGUUGUGCACUCACUGUGGUCAAAACUGUGGAAAAGGGUCGCAUAACAAAGAAGAUGAAGAUGGAGAACUCACAAAUGCUCCUGGUGAAGCUAUAGAUAUUGCAAAUGGAAAGACUGAUUUGAUGUGUCAAGUCAAGCAGAGCAAUGUAGAAGAUACAGCAGAAUCUCCAAAAGGCACAGAGGGGCCUGGUAUACACAUAUGGCAGUUUCAGGAUAAAAAUAGUAAGAGUGAUAUUGCACUUCUAGAAGUCUUUGCUCAGAUUUUCAAAAACUGUCAAGGAACCUGGUUCCUGCGACUUAGAUUACUGAUAGCUCUAGCUCUGCUUCGCAGGGGGAAUGUUGCUGAUAAUAUGUUGAUUAUAGGUCUGAUCCGCAGGGAAGCAUAUGAGGAAUCUGGUUCUCAAGUUUUAUAUCGAUUUUGGACUGCUGCACUGUACCGUCUGGAAGCAGUACAGCAGCACAGUUGUAGCUUGCUAAGACCAAACUAA